CUCGAAUCGAAUCGACCUUUCGUCUCUCUUUCUCACACAAAGCGAAACCCUAAAACCGAUUUUGCCACAACACACUUCCCCACUUUCUCAUACUGAAGCCUUAAAAUCUGUUCCUCUCCUUCUCCGUCUUUCUUUCCCAUUGAGUAAAAACUGAGUGGAAUUUGUGAUUGCUGUCUCAAAGCUUUGGAAAACCCCCAAAUCCGAGUUGCGGUAUGUGAAGCACGAAUCUUCAACUAGAAAUUUGAGAAGCUUAAACCCGCUGGUGAGGAGGUCGAACACGUGGAGGUGCUAAUGCUUGUCCUGUGAAGGUCAAAGAAGGUUUUGUGAUUGUCCUAAAGGAGUAUAGAGGGUGAAAUGUAGCGGAGGGGAAAGCUGAAUCACUCAAGGUGACGUAACAAAAGCAGGGCAGCAACUCCAGAGGUAGAAGACAGUGUUGAUAAGAUGUCUAAGGAGGUGAAUAAGCAAAUUGUUGGGGCAACAAAUAAGUCUGUUGAUUGUAGUGAUGCAUUUAACACCACAGAGAUUUUUCCUUCUCGAGAUGCAAUGUUAAAUUGGGCUCGAGAUGUUGCAAAGGAGAAUGGAUUUGUCCUUAUUAUUUUGAGAUCAGAGACAUCUACAAAACCUACAAGAACUUCAAGACGUAAUCAAAGAAAGACAUUUGUAAUUUUGGGUUGUGAUAGAAGUGGAAAGUAUAGAGGACUAUACAAGAAUGCAUUAUCCCAAAAGGUAAAUAGUACUAGAAAAUGUGAGUGUCCCUUCAGGUUAAGGGGAAAAGCUUUGAAAAAGGCUGAAGGAUGGACUGUUAAGGUAAUGUGUGGUUGUCACAAUCACGAAUUGGAGGAAACAUUGGUGGGUCAUCCAUAUGCAGGCCGGUUGAGUGCUGAAGAGAAGUCUUUGGUUGAUGAUAUGACAAAGAACAUGAUGAAGCCAAAAGAUAUACUUUUGACAUUGAAAGAUUAUAAUAUGGAUAAUGUAACUACCAUCAAGCAGAUUUACAAUGCUCGACAUGCUUAUCGAUCCUCUCAAAAAGGUUUAGAAAUGCAAUACCUUCUGAAAUUAUUGGAACGUGAGCGGUAUGUGUACUGGCAUAGAAAGGUGGAUGAUUCCAAUGUUAUCAGAGAUAUAUUCUGGACACAUCCAGAUGCCAUUAAACUUCUGGGUGCUUUCAACACUGUCUUGAUAAUUGAUAGUAUUUACACAACCACUAGGUAUCCAUUGCCACUGCUUGAGAUUGUUGGUGUUACUUCAACUGAGUUAACAUUCUCUGUGGCUUUUGCUUUUGUGGAGUCUGAGCUAGCUGACAACUUCACUUGGGCACUACAAAAGUUAAGAGGAUUGAUUGUUAAAGACGAAGACAUACCUCAAGUGAUUGUGACUAACAGAGACAUUUCUUUGAUGAAUGCAGUGCAAGUUGUUUUUCCAAGCUCUUCUAAUUUGUUAUGUCGGUCUCAUAUCAACAAGAAUGUGAAGUCCAAAUGCAUGUCAAUAGUCCAUCCAAAGGAGAAACAAGAUUUGGUGAUGGAUGCAUGGGAUGUUGUUGUGAAUUCUUCUAAUGAGAUUGAGUAUAUGCAGCGACUGGCAUUAUUUGAAAAAGUUUGCUCUGGUUUUCCUAAUUUUGGUGAAUAUGUGAAAAAUAUGUGGCUGAUUCCACACAAGGAAAAGUUUGUCACUUCAUGGACAAAUCAGGUGAUGCAUUUGGGUAACACAACAACCAAUAGGGUUGAGUCAACAAAUUGUAAGUUAAAGAAUUUGCUUCAAGAUAGCAAGGAAGAUAUGUGUAGUUAUUGGGAUGCUAUGAAUGACAUGAUUACUUUGCAACACACAGAGAUUAAGUUGUCCUUUGAGAAAAGCAUAAAUGUAGUGGAUCAUAUGCAUAAUACUCCAUUAUUCAUCAAACUGCAAGGACUUGUAUCAAGGAGUGCAUUGAGUCAUAUAACUGACGAGUAUGAUCGAGUUAAGGCUGUUGGUACUGAUAGUUCUAAAUGUUAUUGCAUAGUCAGAACUACACAUGGUCUUCCUUGUGCAUGUGAACUUGCUAAGUACAGUACAAUGUGUCAUCCUAUUCCCUUGGAGGCAAUUCACGUUCACUGGAAGAAGUUAAACUUUAUUGAUGGAGGAAUGAAUGAUGAGGAGUAUGAGUUAUCGUUGCAACCUGAAUUGGAUGCCUUGCUCAAGAGAUUUCAGGAACUUGAUUGUGCUGGGAAAUUAGUUCUAAAGGCUAAAUUACAUGAACUAGCAUUUCCUGAUACAACUUCAAAGUGUCCAACUCCUACAGUGGUAAGAAUAAAGGGUGCUCCAAAAAGAGACAGAUCAAUUCAUUCUGAUAUUUCACAAUGGGAGCAUGUUGACACAAUGCGUCCUACCCAUAGUGGCUCCUCAUCUUGCCCUUCAUCUCAUCAACUAGUCCAUGAUUCUAAACGAAGAAGAGUUCUGUCACUGAUGGACCAAUUUCCGAUUCAGAUCCAUCCGUUUAUUGAAGAAAUUAUUGAUGUGAAAGCAGAUUCAAAUUGUGGUUACCGCGCUGUUGCUGCUCAACUUGGUAUGGGUGAGGAAUCAUGGGCUUUAGUUCGUCAGGAUUUGAUCAGAGAGCUUCAGCAGUGGCAAGAUAUUUAUGCCAAACUCUUUGGUAGCAAUGAUCGAGUGGCUGAACUGAGGCAAUCUUUGUAUGUUGACAAGGAGACAUCUAUUAAAAAGUGGAUGACUAUACCAGAUAUGGGUUAUGUAAUUGCCUCAAGAUACAACGUGGUUCUAGUUGCUUUAUCCUUGAAGGAGUCCAUGACAUUUUUCCCUCUUAGAGGACGACCACCACUAUCUGAGUCAAGGCACCGACUUAUUGCCAUUGGGUUGGUCCAUGAUUGUCACUUUGUACAGGUUGCUUUGAAGGCUGAGUCGCCAUUACCUCCCACUGCGUUGCAGUGGUCGAGAUACUGCAGUGCUGAAUCUCGUUCUUGGGAAACUUCAUAUGUUAAUCGAAUGGAACAUUUUAGGUCAUUGUUUCCACAAAAAAGAAAUGAUUAUGUAAACGUUAUUGGGGACUAAUUAACGUCAAAUUCGCCACUGGUAACCUCCAGAUCACAGACUACUCAUUAUUACAAGAGGGGGUUGGUAGGAUGUCUUAAGAAAUAUAAGGGUUUGGUACAUAUCUUUUUUGGACCAAUAUUAAACGAGUCUGGGCAAAUUAAGGAAGAGUUUUUGGGUAUAGAAGAAGGCCCUUAAAUUUCUGAGGAUAUCCUAGUAUUUUCGUGUCCAAUCUGCACAAGUAAAAACUCCUGCAGAAGUACAGUAUAGAAGAAAAGUAGGCGAUUUUUUAUGACUUGGGAACACCUUUUGAAGCCUUUUAUUUUGUUUGUACAAAGGGAAAUGGAAUACACUAUUUAAAGUUAGCACUUUUUCUAUAAUGAUUCUACAAUGACAGUGCUUGAGAUUGUAUCUAGCACUGUAUUUUAGCCAAUUGCAUCGUACUACAGCUGGCAACACUUGCACAAAACAUUAUUCCUUACUCUGCUCGUAGAGUUAGAGAAAUGAUUUGCAGACAGAAA